UUGGGGCGCUGGUUGCCGGAGAGGAGCUCUCCUGCCAGUGGGGCUGGCGCGUCGCCACGGGGAAGGAAGCGGGGCGCACGAGUGCGCGCUCCACUCUUGCGCUUCGCUGCGCGUCAUCCUAAAGGGCGACACACACACCCCCACUCCCCGGCGGAGAUCCUCUGGACCGGAGGCUCCGCGAAGCUGCCUGAGCAGGAUCGGGACCCUGGGCUUGCCUUUAAAAGCCUCGCUGGUCUUGGAGAGGGAUGAUGGAAGGGACCCCCCCCCCAAGGCUACAAACUCAUAUAGCUCUUUUAAAACGCGUUUUAAAGAUAAGCUGCCUUUCUGGACGCAGUCCCUCAGGGAAGUAACCAAAAAGCAAAACAGUUGCGAUCAACUUUUUUAAAAAAUAAAUAAAACCCAGACUAGUUUUCGGCAUCCAGUCUUCCAAAGAAAAGCACAUGAUUAUGCAAUUCUCCGCUCUCGUGGAAGUGGUCUUCCGAUUUCUGCAGGAACCGAAAGAGGUCGAAAGGUUUCUAGCUCAGCUCUCUGAAUUUGCCACCAGCAAUAAACUCAGCCCGGGCCCUUUGAAGAACAUAGUCAAAAGCUUCCUGUUGGUGCCAAAUGGUGCCCUAAAGAGGAGUCUGUCGGCAGAGCAGGUUAGAGCAGAUCUUAUCACCCUGGGGCUGAGCGAGGAGAAGGCCAGCUAUUUCGAAGAGCAGUGGAAGGAGAAAUCGCCCACCCUCUCCCGCCUGGCUGUGGGCCAGACCCUGAUGGUUAACCAGCUCGUAGACAUGGAGUGGAAAUUUGGAGUUACAUCAGGAAGCAGUGAACUGGAGAAAGCCGGAAGCAUCUUCAUGCAGCUGAAAUUGGUGGUUAGGAAAGGAAACAAAGUGGAGCCUGUGUACAUGGAGUUGACGCUGCCUCAGUUUUACAGCUUCCUUCACGAGAUGGAGAGGAUGAAGACCAGCCUGGAAUGCCUCAGCUGAGUUUCCUGUGGGGCAUCGGCGCUGCCUACUUUAAACCAGAGAGUGGAAGCUGAACGUCGACCAUCCGAGGCCCCUGGAUCAGAUGCCCCAACCACCAUUUUCCCCACUGAGAAGUUUGGGGUCAAAGAAGCACCCCGCUUUUAAAGUCUGGCUCACUUGGUGCUCUAAGAGCCCUUUUAAGGGACAGCAAGGGUGUUUUGUAAAACCUGCAAAAGUCUGGUGUUUUUUUCUCUCUCUGCGUAAAAGGCUUGUUUGGAGAGAGCGGUUUGCUGCAGAUAAGGGUGCUUGAAAGAGGCUCGAGGAAACAAAAAUAAAAUUGGGAGGAAUGACUUUUUGCUCUCCUUUGAGAGGAAUAGGUGGCAGCCUUGAAAUCUCCUUUAAAAUCUAUUCUUAAAAGUGUAAUUUAGAACAUCGGUUUGCAUAACCCACUGAGGAAGACAAUAACACAAAAAAAAUUCACAACAGUAGCAGUUAAUUGCACAGUUAUCCAAAAACCUUCCUUGGAGGUUUUUAAGCCGAGGUUGGGUGGCCUGGAUACUUUAGCUGAGAUUCCUGUACUGCAGGGGGGUGGGACUAGACUUCCAACUCUUAAUGAUUCUAUGAUUCUAAAACCCAGUUUGGUUUAAUUAACGACAAAACUGAUGAAUUGGGUUUCGACGUCUGAUAGUCAUUUACACCUCUAGCACACACACACCCCCCUGUCACCUCCUUCCCUCUUGGUACCCCCCCCCCCCCGGACAAUCCACACACACACAACCCCCGUGGGUGCCAGUGCCCAUUUCGGAACCACCUGCCCUGAACAGAAGUACGAAUUCACCAUUUGCUAUAGGCUUGCCCAGUGGGAUGCGGGUGGCGCUGUGGUCUCAACCACUGAGCCUCUUGGGCUUGCCGAUCUCAAGGUCGGCGGUUCGAAUCCCCACGACAGAGUGAGCUCCCAUUGCUCUGUCCCAGCUCCUGCCAACCUAGCAGUUCGUAAGCACAUCAGAGUGCAAGUAGAUAAAUAGGUACCAAUGCAGCAGGAAGGUAAACGGCUGAGAGCCAGUGUGGUGUAGUGGUUAAGAGCGGUAGACUUGUAAUCUGGGGGACCGGGUUCGCGUCUCCGCUCCUCCCCAUGCAGCUGCUGGGUGACCUUGGGCUAGUCACACUUCUCUGAAGUCUCUCAGCCCCACCC